ACAACUAGUGACGUCAAUAUAAUGCGCCACCGAUCUUUGAAUAAGGUGGAGGAAAAGAGGAAAAGCCGCGUUUUGGGACGUGAAUUUGAUUAUAUCCUUGUUUCGUUUUAAAGUAUACCUCUGCAUGUUUUUUAAUCUUGCGUAAAUCUUUGUAGAAACGGACAUUUUACUCCUUCCCUCCCAGUGGUUGUCAUCGUCAAACCAGGCAGCGACAAACGAAGGAAAUCUAACAACUUAAAAACAUCCUCAACAUAAUGUGCGCUCGUCAGAUUGCCGCUUUGCUAACGUUAGCUAGCUAGAAAAUUAGCUAUUUGUUUUAUUUGACAGUUUUUGGGAUAGAAAACAUGACAACUUUAACAAGACAAGACCUCAAUUUUGGACAAGUGGUUGCUGACAUCCUGUGUGAGUUUCUCGAGGUCGCUAUUCAUCUCAUCCUGUAUGUCCGUGAAGUGUAUCCCUCGGGAAUAUUUCAGAAGCGAAAGAAAUACAAUGUACCUGUACAGAUGUCAUGUCACCCAGAGCUGAAUCAAUAUAUACAAGAUACACUUCAUUGUGUAAAGCCACUCAUUGAGAAGAAUGAUGCAGAGAAGGUGGUGGUGGUCAUCAUGGACAAAGAGCAUCAUCCAGUAGAGAGAUUUGUGUUUGAGAUUUCCCAACCUCCACUGCUGUCCAUCAGCUCAGACACAUUACUUUCACAUGUGGAGCAGCUGCUGAGGGCAUUCAUCCUGAAGAUCAGUGUGUGUGAUGCUGUUUUAAAUAAUAACCCACCAGGGUGUUCAUUUACAGUGCUGGUUCAUACCCGAGACGCUGCUACACGCAACAUGGAGAAAGUUCAAGUCAUUAAGGAUUUUCCAUGGAUAGUUGCUGAUGAGCAGGAGGUCCACAUGCAGGAACCUCGACUCAUCCCACUGAAGACCAUGACAUCCGACAUAGUAAAAAUGCAGCUCUACGUGGAAGAGAGAGCCCAGAAAACGUAGGCGUGUGACAAUGUUGAGCCAGGAGCAAAGUAUAUAACGCAGCCUAUCACAGCAGGAGCAGUCAAAAAGAAACAUGAGUUUUUGUUGCACAAGUGGGAUCAUCAUGUAAGAGAUGUGGAGUGUGUUUAUUGUGCUGCAGCAAGGGUUGAACUGAAACACUGACAUUUCAAUAAGAGUCAAAUCUGGCCCAGAUGGUUUGAUCGCAUGUCGUACAAAUAAGCAUGAAUAUGGUUAUUUUACUAUAUUUUACUGCCGUGGAUUGUGUGUAAUUGCUUUCCAUGCAGAUUUUUAUUGUAACAUGAUGAUCCAAGUGUAGCUGUUGCACCAUGACGAUACAAUUCCAAGGGGGAUGAAAUAGACCUGGUAUAACAAUACUGGAUAUCCACUCUCAUAUCUGCCGACAGCAUCUACUGACCACAGGUUUUAUUUUAACACUUGUGUUUUCACUGUAACAUUUUUUUCUCUUCGUGGGGAAAUUGUUUUUACCAACGCUCCCUUGAGGUUGUUUAACCUGCACAGGGAGGACAGUGUUAUCAUCUUUCUGUGUUUGACAGUUUUCUGACCCAUUAUAAAGUCUCACUGAGCCAUAGCAGGUCUGUGCAUGGUGUCUACAGUAUUGGCGGUCGGGGAUGCAGUGCGAGACUUAUGGGUUGGUUCCUCUGGAUUAAAAGCAUCUUGGUGUGUUUUCUCGUGCAGCCAGUGGUGAUGUUCUCCAUUCUUAAUGUGACAAACUCAAAGUUGUUGUAAAUUAUGUGACGAAGAAACGGUUUUAACUGCUGAUAACUGAUUUUAAUAUGUGAAUAAAAUAUGAAAUUGUAUUUAAAAAAAAAAAAAAAGGUUUUAAAAUAUCACUACCAGCAAGAAAUGUGUAGAAUGGUUCUUGGUUAUAAGCUGAACCUAUUUAGUAAAAUGGAAUAACACUUGAUGCAAAUGGUUUAAAGUUUCUUGGCAGCUGAGUCUUUCUAAUGUAUAUUUAAACUUUGUGCUUCACUUGGUAAAUCUUUUGGCUUUUUACAUUUUUUGAAUCAGUUUGGUUGUGUUAAUGCGUAUUGCAUAAUUUUGGGAAGGGUGUUAGGGUCCAAAUUGUGUAAGUUCAACCUCAGCUCGUAUAAUAAGUCUAUUCUCUGUUAACACUUUGACCCUGAAGCACCAAAAUGGUUGAUCCCACUGGCAUUAACGGCAUAAAAUCAUGCAUUUUCUUUUCUUUUAGGAUGCAGAUAACAAACUAAAUAAUUUCCCUUCCAUUGUCAUCUAACGGAAAUUGAUGAAUGUGCGGUUUUCUGUGUUAACAAGUUUUCCUCAUUUCAGUCUUCCUGACUCUUUUUUUAGUGUUUGUUUAUUUA